ACGCGGGGCGGGGCAAGGCAGGGAGCAGGGAGGGGAGAAGGGCCGGGCCGGGCCGGGCAGGGCACCGGGCAGGUGGGAGUUCGGGUCCGGGUGCGGGCUGUUAGCAUCGUGACCUUCCCUUCAGCGCCGGGCCCGCGCCGCCCAGCCGGCCCUGCGACGGGACUGCAGCUCCCAGCAGGCCUUGUGCCGCCUGCUCCCGGCGUGCCGCGCGUGGCUGCCUGCUGGGCCGCGCUGGAGGGUGCGAGGCACGGUGGCGGCUCGGCCUGCCUGAGGGCUCGGCGGGGAGAGGUCGGUUGCACGCGGGGAACUCUAAUCUCUGUGUGUUACCUUUAAAGGAAAUGAGAUAAAAUGAUAAUUUUUUUCCCCCCUUCUUCUUCGUGCUGCAAAAUAACAGUGGCCAAGAGCAAAUCUAAAGAUACCCCCUGUGACUUUAGAUACAUCCUGGUGAGGAUGAAAAGUGCAGCAGAGACUGGCUACUGUUUCAACGUCAGGAGACUCCGAUUGCAGGAGAAGCUGGUCCUGCUGAGAUACGAUCCCAUCGCGAAACAACGUGUCCUCUUCACAGAGAAGAGAAAAAUCCGCUCUCUCUGAACAAUGAGUGGACUUGAUUUAUGCAGGAGGAGAGGAUGGUUCGGGGGGAGGACAGGGUGAAUGCUGAUUCAGAGAUCCUGCAACAUGGGCUGAAAAGAGAGGAAAUGAACUGGGAUCACCGUCUCCUGCGAUUUGAAGGCCAUUGUGAAGAAAACAAUGUAGAGAGAGAAAAUUAUUAAUGUCUGAACAUAGAUCAUCACAGUAACAUUUAUUUAUCUUUUGAGUUAUUUUUACAGUACUCAAUUAAAAAAAAUUAAAUGGCA